GAGGUAAGAAUGCUUUAUAAUAUGCUUUCUUUUCCUCAAGCCUCUGAUUUCAAACUUCUGAUCAAAUUCCCGUCUUUCAUUUCCUCUUUCUUUUGGCAACUAGGUUCUGUUCUUUCAAUCAUGGCAUCUUGCUCAUCAUCUCACAAUCACAGUGAAAUUGGACCUCAAUGCCAAAGGAUAAAAUCAUCUGCAUCUGCAAAACUGUUUGAUGUAUUCAUUAACCACCGUGGCCCUGACGUAAAAGGAACGUUGGCUCUUGAACUGUACUAUUCUCUCCGCGAGUUGAGAUACAAAACAUUUCUUGACUGUUUUGAGAUUGAACAGGGAGAUUCAUUUGAUUCUGCCAUAAAGAAUGCCAUCUACUCUGCUUCAAUUCAUAUUGCCAUCUUUUCGAAAGGAUAUGCAGAGUCCUCUUGGUGUUUAGAUGAGUUGGUUCUCAUGUUACAGACUGAGGCUAAGGUUAUUCCUGUCUUUUAUGAUGUGGCGCCUUCGGAUCUUCGCUACAUACAAAAGGGAGUUUAUUCUGAUGCAUUUGCCCAACAUACAAAGAAAGGCAGGUACUCAAACCGGCUUGAAGCGUGGGAAAAAGCUCUCAACUCCGUUUCAUUCAUGUAUGGCUACGAAUUCAGCAAACAUAAUCAUGACCCGAUUACUCUGUGUAAAAUGGUCGUCUCUGUUGUACAUAGAAAGCUACAAAAGAUAAAGUCUCUAGAUGUUGUAGAAAAUCCAGUAGGGCUUGAUGAGCUUGUGGAAGACUUUGAAAGGUGUUGCAUGCAGAAGAGUGAUAAAGUAGUUAAGAUCAUUGGUAUCUUUGGCAUGGGGGGAGCUGGAAAGACAACUUUGGCCAAAGAAAUAUUUAACCGCAAGCAUUGCGAAUAUGAUGGGUCAUGUUUUCUGUUUGAUGUGCGAGAAGCAUCUGUCAAUAAUGAAUUGCCUGCUUUGCAAAGUAGACUUCUUAAAGACAUCACCUGCCUCCAAGAUACACCACAAUUUCAUAGCACAGAUGAAGGAAAGGGCUAUCUCAAGUCUCAUCUUCGAAGGGUUAGUUCUUCACGCUUCCUUAUUGUUCUAGAUGAUGUUGAUCACAAGGACCAAUUAGAUGCUCUGUUGGUUAGAAAUGUCCUCAAUUCUGAAAGUUUGGUAAUUGUCACAACACGCGAUGAGAGAGUGCUAGUACGUGCCGGAAUUAAUUUUCGCUACAAGUUGAAAGAAAUGAGUCGAGAGCAUAGCAGAGAGCUCUUCUGCUGGAAUGCAUUCCACAAAUCAUAUGCUGAUAGUACUUACGAGGAUCUGGUUGAAAGGUUUGUGAACGUGUGUGGAGGUUUACCUCUGUCUCUACAAGUCUUAGGUGGGCAUGUUUUUGGUAGUACUGAUCGCCAUUAUUGGCAGUUAGUAUUGGAUGAAGCUCGUAAGACACUGCCCGAGGACAUCAAACGGAGGGUCAAAAUAAGCUUUGAUGCAUUGAACGGUGAGCAAAAGCAGAUCUUUGUGGACAUCGCUUGUUUCUUCAUUGGUAAACCUGUAAGUAUGGCAAUAAGAAUAUGGGAAGCCUAUGGAUGGAGUGCUGAGUUUGCACUUCAAACCUUAAAAGAUAAAUGCCUCGUCGAAAUGGUGUGGUGUUAUUCCAAGGAAUUUGAUGACGAGGAGCUUUCUUUCAGAAUGCACGACAAUCUUCGUGAUUUGGGGAGAGAACUGGAAGGUGAAAUGAGUCCACAUCGCCUGUGGCGCCCUCAGCAUCUUAAAUCUUUGGAAUUGAAGCAGUUCAAAAACAUCCUCACCGAAACAACUGGCAGAUGUCUCCUCUCAAUCUUUGACUGGUCCUUCGGCGCCCAAAUUACAUGCUUUUUAGGGAAUAUGGAUAAUUCUACUGAGGCACCAAUUGCUUUGAUAUGGCUUCAGCUUGACCUAACUUGGAGUGUACAAACAAGCAUUCCUUCAUGGAUUCCUCUGCAAAAUUUGCAGUGUUUAAGAAUUGUUGAUGGUCGUCUCAAAAGAUUGUGGCAGAACGACACAGAGGUGCCCUGCCAGUUGAAGGAGUUGCUGCUUUAUAGGACAUCAUUGGCUGAAUAUACAAACUCAUUAGAAAUGUUAACUAAUUUAGAAAAGCUAGCCAUAAGGAGAAGCCCUGAUGAUGAUGGAAUACAGGGGAGAUCCUUAUUAAAAUCCCUUAGAAAUCUCACUCAACUUAGAAGUUUGGUUUUGACACAUUGGCCAUUAUGGGGAGAAGUGACCUUGAAUAGCAGUGGGGUGUCAGAUGUAAAGUUUCCAAUGAGUAGCUUAGAAAACGUAGAAAUUAGUGAAGUAAAACAUACAUGGAAGGUUUCAAUUAGUGGAGAUCAUUGUCCCAGCCUUAAAUGUCUUCGCAUUCAAUCCAUGGAAAAUUUAUUUCUAGUUGAUUUAUCAGUGGUGAGAACACUGAGUUAUCUUGAGUUGAAGUCUUGUACACAAUUAAGAGAGGUAUCUGGGAUAUCUGAUCUGGAAAACCUUGUAAUAUUGAACAUACAUAAAUGUCCAAAGGUGAUCCAGUUGCCAAGUCUUGCACGUCUUAGUUUCUUAGAGAAGAUAAUUAUUGAUGGAUGUGAGAAGCUUCAAAAUAUAGCAGGUAUUGAAGAGCUGAAACGACUGAAAUAUCUACAUCUUUCAGCACUAGCUCCUGAAGGUAUAUCGAGUUGCAUUUGUAAGUUGCAGAGACUACCGUCCGAACUUACAAGUAUUACUGGUAGAGCAGCAAAGGGAGCCUCGUCAACUUUAACAGAAGAAUUAUUUUCUGACCUGAUCGGUGUAGGAGAAGAAAUUCAUAUCACUGAAAAUGCCAUGCCUGAAGCAUCACUGGAAACAGUUGAACGCUUGUGGAACACAAUCAUUUUAUGUGCUGUAGUUCAAAGUAAUCAUGGGGAAAUUAUACAUAUCCCUCUUUCUGCUUCUGAUUCUGCUGAAAGUUGUGUAGCAGAAGGAGAAUGGAUAGUUACAUUUGUAGUUACUGCCAUCUUGGAUUGGAUUCCAUGUAUGUCGUUUGGUGCUAAACUAAAGAAGGGGUGUCUGGUAAUGGUGAACAAUGGUGAGGAGGGGAAUGCCUUAUGCAUAUUGAAAAGAAUUAUUAGUCGACUAUAUGAUCCCUAAAAAAAAAUUAUUUAUCCAUUUUCAAAGCAUAUUAAGAAGUGACAAAUAUUGAGGAAUGGUUUUGCAAUCGACAUAUACAAAUAACUAUGUAUCAAUCUCUCUAUUGGGAAUGAGGCUUCUGGACCCAGAGCCCACUGCUUUUCUGCAGAAAAAUGGAGGAACCUUUCUUUCUCUUUUCUUCCAAACCCUAAGGGAGGCCCUAGAAGAUAUUUUCCAAGUGCAUGGCAGGGUAUGCUGCUCUUUCAAGAAAUCCGCACUAAAAUAUUUGCUUGCAAUCCCACUCCAUUAUUUGUUUGCAAUCCCCUUGCCAGAUCUUAUGCAGAGAUAGGAAUAGAUUUGACUCGCCAAUUUAUGCACAGAUCUUAUGCAGAGAUAGGAAUAGAUUUGACUCGCCAAUUUAUGCACAUCAUACAGGGAAGAAACAAAGAGCCCAAUUUGUUAGUAUGUUCGAAUUCUAAAGAAAUUUCAAAUUCUGAAAAAAUUUCCUUUCAAAUCUACUGCUAUUUUGAAGAUUCAUGGAGGAUUAAGUUUCACUUUUCAGGGGAAACGGGGUCUAAUAUACUAUGUAGUCGAAUGGUUCAGUGCAAUAGCGUUCUUUUCUGGUGGGGAAGGAUGCCUGAUACUAUCAUUGGUUUCAAAAUCCAUGAUGAGGGUUUCAUUAGCCCUGUUAAAAUAGCUCCAUUACCCCUUGAAAUGACAGGUCUACAUGCAAAUUUUCUAUCUAUGGUUUCAUAUGGUUCGUCUGUUCUUGUUGUAUCCGUCAUACGUAACAAUCCGAGGAUCCACAAAGAUGACCCCCGAGAAUUUCUCGCCCGGAUUCAUCCAUCCACUGCACACAGCAUUUGAACACUUGGCCGAAUUCAGGAGAGUAUUCUUAUCUGGGAAUUGUUUCGGGAAGAGGAAAAUGAGUUGGUUUGGAAGUGGAAAGAAUUUUUAAGAAUGCCUCCACUGUCGCUCCAUGAAUAUCUUGAUGAUGAUUGGUGGCAUGCGCAUGAGGCGUGUGUUUGUGUGGGAGACUACCUGUGCUUCAGCAGUCUAUUAGGCGAUGAAGGCGCAAGGGUGUUUGCAUAUAAUCUUAAGGGUUUUGGCAACGCCUUCCACUCUGUAAAAUUCAGGAAAAUAACAGGAGUAUGCUGUCAUUUGAACCAAAACCCCAUUUUUAUCCGUUUUUCAGGAAAUCCAGAGAAUGAGCUUGGAUGACAUGAUUAAGUACGUUUCACAUAUUUUUUUGUAGUUAUUUUGUAAAACCAUUGAUAUAAAUUUUUGAGUGUAAGACUAAUAUUUGGACAUAAUGUUCGAUCUCUAGUUGUCACUGUGUUUCUAGUUGUUAGAUGUUUUGUUAUUGUGUUUCGAGGUAUCUUUUACACUGA